UAUUUGGAAGGUGAGUUUCUCUAGCACAGCACGGCACAUCACGAGGCUUCUUCUGUCUCCUCCGUCUCUGUCGAUCCCCACUCUCGAGAGCUCCAAUCCACUCACAAAUCCACUCCAAUCCAACGCAUCCACCAUCUAAUCAGCCACCAAAUCGAUGCUAACCAUGCAUCUCAUCGGCUAGCAGCAGCACGCCGGAGGCGGAGGGGAUCGAGGAGGAGGCAGGAGCCGCCGGAUCCAUCGAGCUGCCCGCGCGGCGGAUCUAGAUCGACGGCCACGCGUCGGAGGGAUGGGGAGCGGAGCGCCGGAGGGAGGAUGAGGGGCCGCAUCCCCAGAGCAGGAGGCCGUCCCCACGGGCGCAUCUCAGCGAUUGGUUCCGGCUAGGGUUCCAAUCAGCAGACCGGCCUCCGAAUCCCGGCCAUGGAGUCGCCGCCGCACAAGCUCAAUGUCGGCCGGGAUGAGGACAGAAUCAGCGCGCUCACCGACGACCUCCUCGUCGGAAUCCUCGAGCGCCUUGACCUGCGCGAGGCGGUCCGCGCCGGCGCACUCUCGACGCGGUGGCGUCACCUCCCCUACCGGCUAUCGCGCCUGCACCUCGACGUCGGUCACUUCCAAGGCCAAGGCGCCACGCCGCUCGAGGUCAUGGACGCCUUCACGGGCGCCGCACAGAGGUUGCUCUCUCUGGUGGUUCCUCUGGCCGAGGGCGAGGGCGGCAGUGCUGCCAUCAUUCCCAUCAAGGCCCUCAUCCUCAGCUUUUACAUGUCAUCCCCUCACCUGAGCGCGAUAGGCCGCACCGUUGAGGACGCUGUGAGCUACGGCAAGACCGAAUGCCUUGAGUUCUCCAUAUCCCCGCCACGGGCAAGCAACGCCAGCCUGCUUGCUGAAUUCGGGCAGCAGUUCAUGUCCUUCUCCCAGGCCUACCCGGUCGCCUUCUGGUGGCUCACCAGGCUUACACUCAAGAACCUUGUGUUUGGACAUUCCGACGUCACCGAACUUAUUAACGCUUGCAAUAAGCUCAAGCACCUCACCCUGAGUUCCUGCAGACUGGUUGAUCAGCGGUCGGCGCUCAAGAUUGAUACCCCAUGCUCGGGGCUUCGGAGGCUCGACUGCAUCCGUUUUCGCUGUGAACGGAUCGAACUCAUCUCCGUCCCCGAGCUCAGGACUGUGCUGUGCUGUUCUCGGCGCUACGAGAACCCUCCAGUGCGCUUCGGCGAUGUUCCCCAGCUUUGCCAUGUGAACCUCGGUUAUCUUGCCAAGGCGUCGCAAGCGCCACUCAUGUUGAGUGAGUGCCUUUCAAGGAGUUCCAGGAAUCUGUCUAAACUGAAUAUCAAUUUCUUCAGCCAAACGGUAAAGUUAAUUUCUGUGCAUUUACACAUCACCCGCUCUUCUUUUUUACCAAUUUCAGCUGUGUAUUUUGUGUUCUUCAUGUUGCAGAUUUGGAUUCAGCCGGAGCAGCCGAAGCGGCUCACUGCCAUAUUCAGAAACCUGACCGACGUGUAUCUUUUUGGUAUCUUCCCUGAGUGUGAUCUGAGCUGGACCCUGUUUAUCCUAGAAGCUGCACCUGCCCUACGGAAUUUCAAGUUAUCUCGAACUCGACAUACAUGUGGCAAAAAGCUUUACGAUACCGCCGAAAAGACGAAUGUGGUGUGGGAGCCAUCGAAGGAUCUGAAGCAUCUGAACUUGAAGUUGCUGAUGAUGUUAGGGUUCGAGGAGGAGGUCAAGGUGACAAAUUAUAUAAGGCUAGUCAUGGCACAUGUUGUGAGGUUGAAGAGAAUUGAGCUUCAUGGUGAGGACCCAUGCAAGGAGUGCAAUGCCAUUGAUCCGAGGAGAUCCCAGGUGGAUAAAGCUAGCAGGCGUCAGAUUAAGGAGCGACUCACACUUGAAUCUUCCUCCUCUGCGAAGAUAAUAAUUUGUUGAUGGGUAUGGUCAAGAAAUGAUAAUAAUCUCAUAAAAUAAGUGCUCAUGGCUUCUGCUAGAGUGAUGAUGGAUACUGGUUUAAAAAAUACUUAUUGGUGUUGACUUUAUAUUACAGCGUGGCUAGUAUUAUUUGUGACUGCUUUUCAAA